AUGGAAAGAUCAGAGAAAGCUGAUUCUGCUGAUCGCAGAGUGUUUCCUAAGUUGGUUGUAGGCCUGACAACUGAAGAUCUUCAGGUUCUCUGCGAAUUGCGAGUCGAUUUCAGGAAUAUCGCAGAAAAUGGGUUGGAUCUUCGUCCAGCAGUUAAGCUUCAAGGCUGGGAAGGAUACUUCAACAGGCUUACUAGACCCAUCUAUGACAAGUUGGUAAAGGAAUUCUGGAAACAUGUUGAUUGUGACGAUCUUCAAGUGGUUUCCUAUGUGCUGGGCAAGAAGAUCAUCAUUACUGAGAGAUUAAUUGCUCUGCUUCUGGGUCCAGACACCAUCAAGGGUUACAGAUUUCAAGCAAAUGAUUCCAAGUUGCGGGCAAUUAAAGACACGAUCAACUCAGUGCUGUAUGCAAAUUGGAAACCUGGAAAGUCUGACUACAAGACUAGAGAGCUUCAUCCUGAUUUGAGGAUCUGGCACAAGAUUAUGCUAAAUUGCUUCAAUCCCAGACCCAUUGGAAGCUCUCCUAACUACAUCAACUUCAAUCAGAAGGUGAUGCUCUACUUCAUCAAGACUGAGCAGAAGAUAUGUCUUCCUUACUUUUUAUUCAACUAUCUGAAGGACUGCAUAAGAAGAUCAAGAACAACUGCAAUUGUGACCAAGAACACGAUCAAGUACAUUCCUUUUGGAAAGUUGCUAUCUGAUCUGUUUGUUGAGAGCAACUUGGUCAAGGACUUGAUUGCUGCAGGAUGCACUGAAGACAUCACCACUCUGACCGGAGAUGCCUUCACUUCUACAACGAUGAAGAGGAUGUGCCUGGUAGAAAAGAAGAUCAAGGCUGACUCUGUCAUCACACCAGAAGAAAUCAAGGGAAGAAGAAUCCCUCUCAAUGAUUAUCCCCUCUGGUAUAAGGCUGAUGAUCCAGAGGCUAUCAUGUACUAUCUUGAGGAUCUGAAGAGUCUCGGAUGUGAGAUUGAUGUAGAUGAGUUCUUCAGAGCUCUUCCAGAAGCUCCUGACUAUGAAUCCCCCAAGAAGAAGAAGACAAAGAGGAAGAAAGAGAAUAUUGCGUGUAGAGAAGCCAAAAGGGGUAGGGGAAUACCUAAGAAAGUUGAGAAGAGAGGUAAAAAGAAGAAGGGCCUUGUUGUGCAUUUCAGUGAGGUUGCUUUGGCGGAGGUUUCAGAUGUAGAUACUUGGUUUGAAAGGGGGGAGAUGAUGCUUUUGCCGACAGAGCUUUCCGAACCUAUGAGUGUUCAGACUAGGGAGUGGAGUGCUCUUUUGAUGGGAAACGAAUGGGAAUGGUGUAUAAUUGUACAUAUGUUGCUUCCAUCAACCAAAUUGCAACCUAGAUUCUUGCAAUGA